AUGCCUCCUUCACCACCCGUCAGCGGUGUUGUUCGGGACGGCUUGACGGAUCCGUACGGCGCAGAAGAGGUAAUGGGGCUGAAGGCUGAGUAUACGGCCCGACAGCAUGGCCUUUCGCGGCAGGCACAGGACGAGGCAGCACGAGACAGCUUUCAGAAGCUGACAGCUGCUUACGAGGCUGGCUGGAUGACCGCGGAGAUCGCCUCUUUGAGCAUCGAGCGCAGUCCUGGUGUGUUUGAGGCCAUUGAUCGAGACGAGACCCUCGCAAAGUUUCCUCUCACGACACUGUCCUCCCUCAAGCCUGCAUUUGAUACCGAAACAGGUACCGUUACAGCCGGCAACACGGCAUCUCUCAGCGACGGCGCUGCUGCUGUUGUGCUUGUUUCUGGUGCCAGGGCAUCGGAACUCAACGUCCAGCCAGUGGCGCGCAUUGUAGACUGGGCCGAUGCUGAGACCGACCCCCAAGACUUCAUCACUGCGCCCUCGCUCGCCAUUCAGAAGCUCGUUUCGCGCUCCGGAAUCCUUGUGUCCGACAUCGACGUCUUUGAGAUCAACGAGGCAUUUGCCGUCUCAACCCUGGCCAAUGUGGCUCAACUAGGCAUACCGAUGGACAAGGUCAAUGUGGCGGGAGGAUCUCUCGCCAUUGGCCACCCCUUGGGCGCAAGCGGGUGUCGGGUACUGGUCUCGCUACUGACCGUGAUGGGCAACAGGGGAUCAAGGCUAGGAUGCGCAACCAUCUGCAACGGUGGUGGCGGCGCGACGGCGAUCCUUGUGGAGAUGGGCGGCCCGGGGGACAAGCGAGGCUUGCAGGGGGCUUGA